CCAUAUCAGAACUAGAGGACUACCACGACAUACUCGAGUGAUCAAUUGUGCUAUACAAAGCCUGUGUCCUGAAAGCUUUGACUUUCAACGGCCUGCUAGCAGAAAGAAAGUUAAGAAGCCUAGAUCGCGAAUCAAAGAACAGCAACCCAGGCACCCUCUGCGCCAUAACUAACACACACCACACAAUGUCCCUCAUUACCGAUGACCUCCUCCUGAAACUGUGGGAGCUGGCCCAGACACAGCCAUCUGACGAGCGAGCAUCAGCAAAGCUCUGGACCCAUCAGUGCAGCAAGCACUUCUUCCCAGAAAAGGACUGGGUCGUGUCGCACGGACCUCGUCGUCAGGACAGCAGUGGCCGUCGGGGCGUGGACUUUACCGUCGACUAUAUGCGCGAGGGGAACAGUCUCGCGGUGCUCGUGUUUCACGAGGCCGAAGCAUCGGACAGAAGCCCUCAAACUGUCGAGGGAGCGGAGGCUCGAGCGUACGAUGCUUGUGUGAGGUGUUUGGAGGCUCACCCCGACUGGGAAUAUGUGUACGCGUUCACGAAAUUUGGGACCAGAGGUCGAGCAUGGCGGUGCGGUCGCGGGGAACAUCUUUUGACUGCUCUAUUCGGGUCCCAGGGCUUGGGUGAGCCCGACCAGUACAUUAAGGUGCAUUACCCGGAGGUUCUGCGAAUCAGUCAAGCUGUGCGAAUGAUGAGGGCUGCGUUACCAGAUUUUUGAGGAUAUAGAAGGGUG